AUGCAUAAUAUCAUUGGGCUCGGACUCAAAGGCUUCCUUCUGAUUGCCUCGGCCGUCGUUCUCGGGUUAUCAGUUACCCUCGCAAACCAUCAAAGACAUGGAAGUCCUCCUGCCGAGACUUCUUUUGCAAGCUUCACCGGUGGCUUCGGCAUCAUCGUGGCCGCCAUAGGUGUUGCUUCCAUGUUCAUCGAUGCGAUUCCGACCCUGGUUCCCCUUGUGGCAGAAGGGCUGGCUGCCCUGUUCUUCCUCGCUGGCGGUAUUGCAUUGGCUAUUGCUAUGAAAGGGGUUUCAUGUGACGGUGGCGUCGGAACGGAAGCAUACUUCACCCGCUGGUUUAACAAAAUCCUCAACGGUGGCUGCCCCACAACUGUGCGGUGUUAUGUCUCUGACAAGAAUUUUCCUACCGAUGACGAGGCCAACGACAGUCUGAAAGCACGAUGCGUUCGUACCCAGGCAGACUUUGCUUUCCAAUUCAUCGCGAUGUUUGCUGCCUUGGGUGCCUUGGCAAUGACUUUCUUUACUGCUAGGCGCUCUGGCACCAAGGUCAUUGCUUGA